CGAAAAUAUUUUAGCGAAAUGAAUUCUUAAAAAAACUUAGACAAAAAAUUUUAGUUUAAUGAUUUUGUUAAAAGGAUAGGAAAUCAGGUUAAUGUAGCUAAUUUAUAAUUAAAUAUAAAAGAUUUCAAAAGUUACAAUGAUUUAGCAAAAGAAGAAAAUAAGCCUUUUUAGCCAAUUAGACCUAGAAUUGCGCUUAUAAGGGCAGAUAAGCAGUCAAGAAAAAAAAUAGAAUAAAGAUAUAAGGCUAAAAUCCAUGAAGUGUAAAAAAAACCAUACUAAAUAGUCUUUAAUCCUGAACAAGAAAAGGAAAAUAGAUAAGACAAAGAAGAGUGGAUGCUUGAUCUCUAGGAAAUAUAUGAUAAAAUACAUGAAGAACUCACAAAAAUAAUCAAAAGCCAGCAAUCUAAUUAAGCAAUUUUGAAUCCAGAAUAAUAAAAAAAAUUUAAGGAAGUCCUUGGACAUCAAAUGGAGGAAACUGAGGCUAUGAUGUCUAGACUUUAGAUGCCUGAUAAAAAAUCUUUGUAAUCUACAAGAGAAGGUUUGUUAAUAGCAAAAUAAUUUAGAUAGAGUCUUAAGGAUUUAUAUUCUAUUAUGGAGUGUGUCUAAAUUACAUAGAUAUAAAAACUAUUUGCCCAGGAUUUUGAUUUUUUAAAAAAGUUAAGAUAGCUAAGAAGCAAAUAGCUGCUAAAAGAAAUAAAAAAUAGUACUGAACGCCUUGAAAAAGUUCGUAUUGGAAAUAGCUUAGAUCAUCUAUUAUAGAAAUAAAAAUCAAAUUAUGAAAAGUAAAAGUUAGCAGAAAGGUCUAAAAUUCUAAAUGAGUAUUUGAAACUCAGGAAAAAAUAUCCCUACGAUGAUGACAUAAAAUUUGAAGAAUUGCAAUAUUUCAAAAAUGAUAAUGAAAGGUCUAUGGAAAUAUAAUAAAUUCUCUCUGAUUUUGAGAAGGCUGAAAAUGAAAUAAAAUAAAAAUAUAUAGAAAAAGAACAGUAAGAGAAAUAAGACCUAAAAGCCUCUCAGUAGGAUUUAAAGUAAAAACCUAACAAAUAAGAUUAAUAGAAAUAUUUAAAGAUGGAUUAAGAGAUUGUAUAAAAAAAUGAGUUUGCUUUAACUGCUGCUAGAUUCGAUAAUCAAAGAUAAAAGGUAGAAUAGAUUGUAGAAAAAGUUAAUAAUAUUCAAGGAGCUCAUGUAGACUUUGACCACAAAUACAAGAAUAUUAAUAGAUAUUUUGAAGAAAGAAAAUAACUGUCCUAACUCUAUUUAGGAGGUACUAGAUUGCAAAAAUUUUUGAAAGACUUUGAUGAGAAAUGCAAAUUGUUUGACUCAAAUUAAAACAGUAAAAAAAUAGAAAAUUUAGAAAGAGCCAAAAGUAUGGACUCAAUUAAUUUCUUUGAUAUUGAUUUCAAUCAAGAAAUAGAACCCAUAAAUAGUCCUACUUAAAAUAUAGCUCCUACCUAAUAAAAAAAAGAAAAUACCCUGCAAAAAGUAAUGAAAAUUAAUCAAGAAAUAUAAAUGAAAUUAAUGGAAGAAGAGCACGAAGAUAAAAUGAAUUAAAUUAAGAGACUAGGAGUAGAAUAAAAUUAAAAUUAUUGGGAUCAACUACUCGAGUAGUCAAAUAAACACAAAAAUUAAAAAAAUAAGCUCAAAAUAUAACCUAAAGCUCAGACUUCUCAUGGAGCAAGACCUGCUAAAAGAGAUUCUAACCUGCUUAGCAAUUUAGAUUUCAAAGAAAAAACAGAAUAAAAAAUAUAAAGCACAAAGAGUUUAUCACAUUUUUAUCUUACUGAGCCUCUAUUAAUACAAGAAAAAGAAAGACAGAUGUGGUUAGAAAAGCAGCAAAGAUUAAUUUUAAAUGCUCACCAUAAGAACCCUAUUCUAAACAUAGCAUUUUAGCAGAACAAACAAUUAAAAUACAAUCAAUAAAAUAAUUUUAGCACCGUACCUGUUAACAAUAUGAAUUUUCUUGUAAGACGUGAAUAAGCUAAAACAUCAGAAGUUAAAUACAGAAGCUAAAUUUAAUAAGACAGACAGCAAUAACAACCAAACAAAAACAAUGACGAUAAUUUUAGAAAUACAUUUUUCUAAAACUUUUAUUUAUUUCAAGACAGUACUACUACUACUCCUCACUCUUUCCUUUCAAAUACUAAUUACACAAUAAGAUAUCCUUCUACAGCAAAUUAAAAAGAAAGACCUAACAAGUGGGUUUAAAAUCCUUGA